AUGACCCUCAGCGUCAAUCUGUCAAAUAGUGACGCCAAAAUCAGAUGACAUCUCGCCACAUUAUUAUCCAGCAUUGUAUUGUCACAGAACCAAACUAUUCUCUUUCACUUAACUCACUCACUCACUUACUCACUCACUCACUCACUCACUCACUCUGAUAACAUGAGCAUCACACCACGUUUGUACAGGACCGAAGGGUCACUUAUUUACAGAUAACAGUGAAAGUCACACAAGGAGUUAUUUUAUGCUAGCUUGUCCCUGUAGACUGCACUUCCUCAUGAGGUGGACCACAGUGUAGAGAUGUCGGAUGGUUGAUGUUGGAGUACACAAUUUUGGAUGUUUCAAUGACAAUGAUGCAUAGAAGAAAUCUAAUUCUGGUUCUGCUUAACCUUGCGGUGUGUUUUACCCAUGUUACAGCUCUGAUGGACACAGACUGCCCUGGAGGAGUGGCUCUUCUUGGAUCAGAAUACACAAUAGUAGGUGACAGAAGCAACUACACAGCCUUUAUAUGGGCACGACCAUCUGAUAACCGAUAUGUCGUCACCUGCAACCCCAGCUGUAGCCCUGUGGCUGGAUACAGGGCAACUAUAAACGACACACACUCUACACUCACUAUACACAGUGUUGGGGCGGCAGAUGCUGGUACCUGGAAGAUCGUGGAUGCGAAUGUAGUGGGUGCCAUCGGUGUCGAUGUGUGUCCGCUGAUAGUAGCUGGGAUCCCACAGUGUGGCAUCAGCAGUGACGAGGACACUGACUCCCUACAACCUGGAGCACAGCUGACUUUAACAGUGGACAUCACACGCGACUACUGUUCUCGGGAGGCGGGCUUUGAUCUGACUACUGGUGCUGUGACUGAAGCAUUGAUCAUGAAACACAACGUCAGUGCUGUAUCAGACGUAACCCUUAACACAACCUUCAACAUAGAUAUCACCCGAUUAGGUGAUGUGACGUUGGACUUCAUAUGUGACAGAAGUUGGACUCUAACUUGUAAUGGUGUUCAGAAGCUUCUAAAAACACUGCCACAGUGCAACAUCAGCAGCGACAGGGACACCAACGCCCUGGAACCUGGCACUAAUCUCACUCUGACAGCUGACAUCCAGAACUACUACUGUUCUCAACAAGCUGGAUUUACUCUGACGACUGGACGCAUUACCAACACACUCCUAGAGAAACAGACAAUGGGCAAUGUCACUGACGCUGUCCUAGCCCAGCCCUUGAAUGUCACAGCCGAUCACUUUGGAGCCGUCGCUGUUACAUUCCUGUGUGACAACAUCACCAGGCCACUUAUCUGUGCCGGAGUUGACAAGUUGAGUGAUGUAACGACCACCAGUGUCGACACCUCCACUGUACCAACCGAGCAACCGUACACCUCUAACAGACCGACGUCCACGCCCAGCAGACCCACUGCUACUGAAGACACAGACACUCCAACUGAUGCUACUCUAGGCCUUGCUAUCGGACUGUCUCUGCUUGCCGUCUUACUUAUAAUUGCUGUCAUCCUCAUUGUCCGCAAUCGGCAUAGAAAAGGCGGAAGGACCACACAAUUACAUACGUUUUAAAAGUGACUGAAGACGGUUGAAAUGUUUAAACUAUUACACAUUUUGAAAUGUUCCAUGUCAAAUAAUUGAUUAAGAGAUCUAGCUCAUGGGUCAGUUUAAAACAAACAGUUUCCACUUGUUUAACAUAAGAACCACUGGCAAGAUAAGAAGAGUUCAUAAUAAGGAAUGUUUGAGGGAUUGAAUAUGUUUUCCGCCACUUUUAGCAAUAUCCCAGCCAUACCUCACUGCAUCCAUGUUUGGAAUCGCAAUGCACGAAUGAGGCAUUGUAAUUGAGACCAGGAUGUGUUUUGUCAUAAACUAUCCCCGACUACACAGAUGAGCAUGUCAAGUAUGUGUCAGUCAUGUUUGUUUGAUAUUUCCUUUCUUAUUGUAGACAUAUAUGGCAUAAUAGGAGUCAAUGUUUACAACGGCUGAAGCUAAUUGACUGUAUUUUCCUCAUGUGCUUUUUUUAUAACAUAACCAUUAAUAACGUUCAACUCAAAUCAAUUUUGUGUGUUCCCUAUGUUUUGUUUAUAUUCAGAUACAGACAUAUAGUUUGUAUAUUCAUUGUAAUUAUUACAAUAUGAUCGGAUGAAUAGGUCAAUUUGUUCUCCACACUUAUUAUAAAUUAUAAGCCAUAUUCAGCGAAUCAAAAUGUAAGCUAUGUUGUUUGAGAAGGGAGUUGUUCAAUGUACGAGUGUCAAUGAACACUACAUUCAGACAUAAAUGUGAGAAGCGUUGCUACUGUACAUGAUUUAGGGCGUACUAAAACUCCAUGAAUUGUGUCUGGGAUGAAGCUGUCACUGGAAAAAUAUGUCAUAAAUGACAGUAAGAUGUGCAACAUGAUGUGUUACAUUAUCUCGACGGUGUUCGUUAACUGUCACUUGGUAUUUGCUUGGAAGGCUAUUUGGUACGAAAGCCUCGUCGUGUGAAAUCCCAAUCAAGUUGCUGAUUUUUAAAUAGAAAUUUCGCGUUCUUGAAAUAAAACUGAAAUAACGAAAAGCUAAUCGAUAUUACGAGAAACCAAUCGAAGUAUCGAGAGAAAAUAAUUGAAAUAACAAGAAAUUUUGAUUAUAACCCAAAAAAGAACUGGCACCAAAGUGGCACCAAAGUGGCACCAAAGUGGCACCAUGAGGCUUUCGUAAUUUGGGGCUCAAAAGGAAGCUGUAGUGCCGAAUGUGGCCGUGUCUCAAAUUGUAACAGAAAGGGGGCAUAUUACACUGGAUAAUCGAGGGUGAUGUGAACUAGAUAUGUUUUGUUUGAUCAAGCAUCACACAGGGACAAGGUGCAGUUGUGUCUCUUUGUUAACACAGCUGUCAGUAUUAUUCCACCUCUAUCAAGAAGGGGAUAGCCUGGCUGUAUUCGUUUGUUCACACUGCAUUCGGCAAUAUUCAAGUUGUAUUAAACAGGGGGCAUGGUGUGGCUACAAGUAUGUUCGUUUGUUAACACCGAAUUCCAGCUCUAUCAUAUCUUUUAAUAAUCAGAGAGUGAAAACAUAAUCUACGAGCCAUGCCAUCGGGGUGCGAUGAAACGCAAUCAGCCAAGUCCACCCCCAUAUAUAGUCACCUCCAACAUUUUUUGUUAAAGCUGCACUCAGCAAUAUUCAAACUAUAUGGCGGCGGUCUGUUAAUAUUCGAGUCUGGACCAGACAAUCCAGUGAUUGAUAUCAUGAGCAUCGAUCCACGCGAUUUGGAUCGAAGGUAUGCAUCUACCAAGUCAGCGAGCCUGACCACCCGAUCCCGUUAGUCGCCUCUUACAAGCACCCACCCCUCACUACCAUGAUUAAGCUGCUGGUAGCCUGUUCUAACAGGUUUGAAGUACAUGUAAGCUCUACGGUUAUCAAGGAGUUUCAAUGAGCAGGUUUUUGGGGAGCGCACCUGCUGUAAAUGAGUUAGGGCAUGAUAAAUAUGUAUUGAUAUGGCGCAUGUCUAUGGUGAAGUUGACAUGAGGAAAAACUUUUACAACAUGUGAUUUAUAUCUGGAAGCUAACGGGAUUUCACCGCUUUGAAAUGUACUUAAACUUUAUGAAUGAAUUCCCUUUCAUGAAG